CACAUAUGCGCGCGGCCCGAAGCAGGAAGUUAGUCUUUUCCACUUCCUCUCCUCGGUCCAGUUUAGGAUUCCUGCCGCCGAAGUAGAUGGCGUCUGUGGUAAUCCUUGCUACUGUGUACAGUUCAGCUUUCCAAAAGGUUUGGGAUACCUGACCAUUAUGACAUCAAGAAACCUCUGGUAUAUGAGAAGUAACUUUUUCUUUGGUUCAAGAUGUUGGAUGAUUCGCUAUUCAGCAGAAAUCCACAAAUCAGUUUCAUUUAGGCUUUUUGGUGUGACAUGUAAUAAUGGAGACAAUGAGCCUUUGGAGAAUGAGGACCUAUUGAACAACUUACUUACUAUGGGAGUUGAUAUUGACAUGGCAAAGAAACGACAGCCUGGAGUUUUUAAUAGAAUGGUUACGAAUGAGCAGGACCUAAAGAUGUUCCUUUUGUCCAAAGGAGCUAGCAAAGAAGUGAUUGCUAGCAUCAUAUCAAGAUAUCCACGAGCUAUAACACGCACUUCUGAAAGUCUUUCAAAACGGUGGGAUCUGUGGAGAAAGAUUAUGACAUCAGACCUUGAAAUUGUAAAUAUUUUGGAACGUUCUCCUGAAUCCUUUUUUCGGUCCAAUAACAAUAUAAAUUUAGAAAAUAAUAUAAAGUUCCUCUACUCAGUUGGAUUGUCCCAGAAAUGCCUGUGUCGAUUAUUAGCCAAUGCCCCUCGCACCUUUUCCAAUAGUCUUGAUUUGAAUAAACAGAUGAUUGAAGUUUUGCAGGAAGUCUGUUUGUUCUUGGGUCACAAUGAUCCCACAGAUUUUGUCAGGAAGAUAAUUUCUAAAAAUCCUUUCAUCUUAAUUCAGAGCACCAAACGGGUGAAAGCUAACAUUGAAUUUUUACAGUCAACUUUCAACUUGAACAAGGAAGAACUGCUGCAACUGCUAUGUGGUCCAGGAGCUGGAAUUCUAGACCUUUCUACAGAAUGUGCCAAAAGAAAUUAUACAAAUAUCAAAGAGAAGCUGUUUUCUCUUGGAUGUACUGAAGAAGAGGUACAGAAAUUUGUCUUAAGCUACCCGGAUAUGAUGUUGUUGGCAGAUAAAAAGUUUAAUGAUAAAAUAGACUGCCUCAUAGAAGAAAAAAUUAGUAUUUUACAAAUAAUUGAAAGUCCUCGGGUUCUGGAUUCAAGCAUAAGUAUUUUAAAAAGUCGAAUCAAAGAAUUGGUACAUGCUGGCUAUAACUUGAAUGUCUCUAACAUUGCUCUUCUAUCUUGGAGUCAAAAAAGAUUUGAAGCUAAACUGGAAAAAAUUAAACAGUAGAACAGUGCCUGGGGAGUUAAAAAAAAAAAAAAGUCUUGGGGCUGGGGUCAUGGCUCAGUGGUAGAGUGCUUGCCUAGCAUGUGUGAAUCGCUGUGUUCGAUCCUCAUACCACAUAAAAUAAAUAAAUAAGGUAUUGUGUCCAUCUACAACUGAAAAAAUAUUUGUUAAAAAAUUCUUAUAAUGUAUUUAUAUAAUUUAAUUUUGAAUUUGAUUUCUUCACCACAAACAUAUAUGUAAUAAUCCUUUGGGUAUUUUAUUUUAAAAGUUCAUAAGAACUCAAUAUUGGCAUGCUUAAGUGUAGUCUUCCUAACUACUACUGUAUUUUGAAUUAAUGGCUGCUAUAUAGUAAUGGUAGUUCCUGAAUGCCAUGUAAAACAAAUGCAGAAAAUAAGCUUUUGUGGUUUCUGUUUGGAUUGAAAAAUCAACAGAUUUGGGCUGGAGAUAGAGCUCAGUGGUAGAGUGCUUGCCUAGAAUUCAUAAGGUCACGUCCAACACUGAUCCCCAGCAUAGAAAAAAGAAAUUGACAUUCAUUCAAAUAGUUUUCUUCCCUCAUGGUUUUGAAUGGCAAGCUAUUUCUUCUGUUAUUCCAGUGCAAUUAAUUAUGAUUCAUCAGUAAAAGUCUGACAGAAUAGAAAGGAGGGAUUUUCUCGGUUCCAAAUUCCAUAUUUUCUGUUCAAACCAUUAGUGUGUCUCCCAACCUAGGAUUUACCAUGAGUUUGUCCUGACAAGGGCAACUAUGGUAGAUAGAAGAAUAAUGGCCACCUAAAGGUCCCCAGAAACCAUGAGUAUGUUAUAGUGCAAUGGGUUUUGUAGAUGUGAUUAAGUUAAAUAUGAUUAAGUUAAGGGUCUUGAGAUGGGGAGGUUAUCUUGAUUAAUUGGGAUGGGCUCAGUGGAAUCACAGGAUCCCAAAAAGUGGAAAAGAGAGGCAAAUAGGAGGUCAGAGUGGUGGAAUGUAGAAACACUUGACCACUUUUGCUGGCUUUGAAGGAGGAAGAAGCCAUGAGGCAAGGAAUGCAGGUGGCCUAUAAAAAAUGGAAAAGGCAAGGAAACGGGUUCUGCCCUGGGGCCCCUAGAAAGAAGUGCAGGGCUGCUGGCACCUUGAUAUUAGCCCAGGGAGAGCAGUAUCAAACUUCUGAUGUGCAGAACCAUCAGAAUAAAUUUGUGUUGUUUUAAAGCAGUGAGUUUUUGAUAACUUGUUACAGCAGCAAAUAGGUUAAUAACUGAUUAGUUGUAUUUAAAGGAGGAUGUCACAAAAUGUGGUCUUUUUAUCAUUUCUUUAUGUCUUCCUCUUAUAAGAGUAAAUUAUAUGAAAAUUUACUUCUCUGGAAUUUCUAAUGUUAGUGUUUAUGACAUCUAAAUGUGUUGAUAAAAAGCUAAGUGUAAAUAUCUAAAUAAAGGAAUAUUUUUGCCUAA